AUGCAACUUGUGCGCGCUUUUUCACUGAUAGCUGUACUUUUGAGCGCUCUUCCUUUUUGUGUCUCGUUGCCGCUAAAUAUGUCGAUACUUCCAAAUCUUUGGAGCACCGCCAAAAACACUUUUUCCUAUGCUACAGGCGGCAUGUUUUUGCAAAAAACGUCGCAGCUGUGCAGAUUUAGAACCAAGAUCACUAAGAAUAAAGUGGUGCUUCCCAGCCAAAUCAGCCCGCAGACCAUAAGAGUGUGCAUUGAAGAGUUUGCAAGAAGCCUCUCCUACGGUGCCAUCACUGAAAUGCUAGCGCAUAACUGCCAGAAGGUUGUAAUAUACGGGAAAAAAAUAGACGCAGACAUAGACGUUAACAGAAUAUACACACAAGACCUGGCUUUUCUGCUUGGUUUAAUCGAAACCUAUCCGAACAUCACCUCGCUUCACAUUCAGAAUCUAUUUAUAGUCGACAAUGAGGUGUCAGUCUUUUCCGCUAAGGAGCUGAAAAAAAUUACUUCUCUUGAGCUGGUGGACAUCUAUGGAGUAAACGACCUAAAAAAAGUCAACUCGAUCUACAAUCUGCUCCUUCUAUUUCCAAACCUCCAAAGACUGACCAUUAAUACGUUUUCCUUUAAAAUGAAGGACUCUAACUCUUCAUCCCACGAGACAUGCUUCUCCAAUCUGAAAACGCUGAUUAUCAAAAAUAGCAGAGGCCCAGAAGACACUGAAAAAAUAAUCCAGCUUGUUAACGGGCAGAAUCUAGAAAUGCUGUAUCUGAAGAAAUCAAAUCUGGACGAUUUUAAAAUCAUCGAUGAGCAUGUUCUGGUGGCUAGCAACGCACUAAAGUUCCUGUGGAUAGAGGACGAGGCCCAGUUGACCAACAUUGUUCUGAACAAGAAACCGCUGUAUGAAGGUGACGCUUUGAAUAAGACAACUAUAUACAACCUGGAUGUUUUGUUUAUCAAGAACAUCUCAAAGCUCAAAAAAGACUCAAUCGAAAUUAACUUUGAAACAUUCAGUCCGCACUGCAGAAUGUUCUUCCUUGCAGGUGAUAUUUUCUUGGAGGAUAAUCCAAAGGAACAGCUGAACUCAGUACUAGACAUGGUGUUUGAGAAGGAGAAGAAGGAUGAACAAUGA